AUAGCAACCUGCAACCUCGUAACCCAGCGUUGACUGCAGUUCAGCUACAGAUGAGUUUAAUGUGGCUCGUUAGUACAAUUUUAACGACUUCUGUAUUAUUCAUUUCGGGGUUUUAGUGUGCCUUGGUAACAACACAUCUAGAUUUAAUGAACAUUCGGCGCAUUUGCUCUGCUGUUAAUGCAAACUUGUUCCGAACUGUUAGCGUGACCUAAUUUACGUUAGCUUAGCUAGAACCUACACUCUUGACGUGUCUGCCUUUGAAACAGUUAAUAGUUCCACAUUCGCCGUUAAUGCUUGGCUAGCUCUAAGAAACCGAGAACUUUGGGGGGAUUUCUGGGUGAGAAAUGUCUAGCGACCGCGACGUGGUGGUCCAACGGGCCAACCAGCUGUGGUCCAUGUUAAACGGGCUGUGCCAGUGGGACCCGGAGGCCUACCGAAGCUUCGUUGAGAAACAGAUGAAAUCUGGAAUGGAGUACUACGAGCCGCCUCGAAUGGAGUCGUGUAUAUGCACAGACAUACUGGACCCACAAGGCCCGCUGUACAUCAACAUAUGCAGCUGGAAGCGUGUGCCAGCUCUCCAGGACUCCAGUAAGCCAUUACCAGUGUACGCUGGAAGCCUGGAAGCGGACACAAAGGAAGGGGGCCCCAGUGUAGUGGAUAUAGCAUUCAACCCUGAAGUGCUGAAGAAAUGUAGGAAAAACAAGGCAGAGAUGACUCAGGUCUACAUGCUGGCUCAGAGCUUCGCCCAGCAACGCUAUGGGAUCCAGCUGGCUUCGUGGUACACGAUAGUCAGCUCUUCCCCCCGAAAUAGCCCAGAGGACUUGCACCGCCGCCUCGGCUUCCAGCAGCAGCAGGUGAACCCAGACAAGCAGUCAGAUGCAGCCGGUCAGAGCCCGGACUCCCUGCUACAGAAGAUCACCUCGCUGCGUCUGGACAAAGAAAACAUCGUGGGCCGGCCCGUGGUGCGCAAAAAGGGAUUGAUCGAGGUCAUCUCCUCGACCACGUUCAAGCAGCCCGAGAAGCCCGAGCACAGGCUGGAGGUGAAGGCUGGCGCACAGGGAUUUCCUCGCAAGCUGGAGCUGACAGUGGAGCUGCCCAAGAUCAGUUCUAUGUCCGAGUGGCAGCUCAAGAUGUCCAAGGAGGACGUCUUGUUGGAGGUGGAGGACAUCUAUCUUCUGCUUUUGGACUUCCCAAACGCUGUCAAUGAAAACAGCACGGUGGCCAUCUUUAACAAGAAGAAUAGAAGGCUUACUGUGACUGCUGAUAUUUUGUGAUGCCAGCCGUUGUUCCAGAUGGAAGAAACUUGUCCGACUGAAAAACAUGUGUGCGUGUGUCUGCGUUAUCACCCCUGAAAGUGUGUCUCAAUCCCAACAAGGACAUAAGAAUGUUAAAGGGGGUGGUAAGGAGCUGCCGGCCCCUCCCAUCAGCUCCCAUCUCCAGAAUGACUGACAGCAAAAUGAUCCAUGCAGUAAUUCACCUUUAUUUAAACAUUGUAGGAAAUCCAUGGCAAACAUCAGGAUUUGGCAACGGGGAACCUGGAAGAAGGCAGUGAACAUCCAUUAUGUUUUUAUCAUGAAGGACUUGGUGUUGAUGAGGCGUCAACUGUCUACUGAGCAUUCCUUCACAUGAAACAUUCAAGCUUUUAUUUCAGUCCGUUGGUCCCAAGUGUUUUAGUCAAGUCCUGCUCCAGUAGACACCAUGGCGGUGAGGGGAUGUUAUUUUACAUUUUUUGUCCUCUACCUCCUCUCGCCAUGAUCCUCCUCCACCCACGCCACAAUCUUCCCUUCCCAGCCGGGCACCACGGCUCCAUCCUGGAAAACCUGCAGAUACAAGCCACCGCCAGAAUUUACAUAUCCAAGAAAAAAAGUCAUGUAUGAUUCACGAAGGUCCAUGAAAGAAAGCAAAGAUGACGGCUCAGUGUUACCAAAUUCUCGGGAAAGGGAGACGAGUCCUGCGGUGUUUUGAAGCUAGCGUGCAGGCUGUGCUAUUAUUAGCAUAUGACAGUAUUGCUGCCGUCUUUCAUAUUUGCUGAAGAUGAUGUGGAAAGCGUGUGGCGGCUCCCAUGUCGCUCCUGACGCCUACCUCCUCUUUGACGGUGCCAAACUCCGGGUCGAGGGCUUUGAAGUGGUAUCUGAAGCUGCCUUGUCUGUCCACAGCGGCCUUGAAGUCUCGCAGUGUCACUUGGCCUAACCUGCAAGGAGCACGCCGCCAGUCAUGAUUGGGGUACACUUAUGCAUGCAUGAACCCAUGCAGGCAUGCAGUUCUUCUGGGGCGCACAUUUGAUAUGCGGGGUCGCGAAAUAUCCAUGUCUGAGUCACAGAUCCAGACAGGAAGGACGGCUGCAGAUGGCCGGCAUGAACCCACACCAAAGGAUGACGUGCACGUCUUUAAAAAAACAUGUCUUUUCUUUCUUUUUUUUGGGAGUUUGUUAGAUUUCAACUUUUUUCUUGUAAAUGUAAUGAUGAUUUUUCCAUUUUUGCUGUUUGUUGAGUUUUCUUGUUAAGUAAAAUAAGUCUUAAAUAAAUACUGGAGUUCUAC